AGGUGGGGGAGGGACUAGGUCGGAGGUGGUGGAAGGGGAGGGGAGAGUGAGUGCGCCAGAAGGAAAAAAAUGCAUUUAUAUUCCUGUUGCUGUCAUAAGGCGACACCCCCCCCGCACGCGCACGCAGUGGAAUGUUCCGCCGGGCUCUGGGUUCUGUUGUUGUGCAAAGCUGCAGAAGGCCUGACACAGGCAGUGGGGAAGAGAGCGAGCGAGAGUGAGAGAGGGAGGAACACGGCCACGCAGGCAGGCACACACACUUGGACCUGGACGGUCUCUUUUUUUUUUUUUUUUUUUUUUGGUCUCCUUUUCAUCGGCCUGGUGAUCCAAGGUCCCCUUGGGAGGACGUGGUGAGGAGAAAUAGGGUGCUGGGACGAAGCAAGGUGGAGGAGGUGAAGGAAGGAAAGAAAGACGCACAUCAGCAAGAUCCAAACACCAGGGGGAAAAAAGGCGCCUCCUCUGUUCGCUUUUCAUCCCUCGGCCAGCGAGCGGCUAAAAGGCUCCGCUCAUGUCAGUGAACUCGGAGAAAUCCUCGUCCCCGGAAAGGCCUGAGACGCAGCAGAAAGCCUCGGCGAGCGUACCCCCUCCCCCGCCACCCCCUCCGCCUCCCCCGGAGCCGGCGGGGCCCCCGGAGCCGGAGGAGGAGAUCCUGGGCUCCGACGAUGAGGAGCAGGAGGACCCAGCGGACUACUGCAAAGGAGGCUACCAUCCGGUCAAGAUCGGGGAUUUGUUCAACGGGAGGUACCAUGUGAUAAGGAAGUUGGGGUGGGGCCAUUUCUCUACAGUAUGGCUGUGCUGGGACAUCCAAGUGAAGAACUUCGUGGCGAUGAAGGUGGUGAAGAGCGCCCAGCAUUACACCGAGACGGCCUUGGAUGAGAUCAAGCUGCUGCGAUGUGUGAGGGAGAGCGACCCCGCCGACCCCAACAAAGACAUGGUGGUCCAGCUCAUAGAUGACUUUAAGAUCUCCGGCAUCAAUGGAAUUCAUGUGUGUAUGGUGUUUGAAGUGCUGGGUCACCAUCUGCUCAAAUGGAUCAUAAAGUCCAACUACCAAGGUCUGCCACUGCCGUGCGUCAAGAGCAUCAUCAAACAGGUCUUGCAGGGGCUGGACUACCUGCACUCCAAAUGCAAAAUCAUCCACACAGACAUAAAGCCUGAGAACAUCCUGAUGUGCGUGGACGACACGUUUGUGAGGCGCAUGGCCAUGGAGGCCACCGAGUGGCAGAAAGCUGGAGCGCCGCCCCCUUCCGGGUCGGCAGUUAGCACAGCCCCGCAGCUCAAACCGGUGAGUACGACUGAUGUGGGAAAGAUCUCCAAGAACAAGAAGAAGAAGCUGAAGAAGAAGCAGAAGCGUCAGGCUGAGCUGCUGGAGAAGAGGAUGCUGGAGAUUGAAGCCCUGGAGAGGGAAGCUGAGAAGAAGGACGAGCGAGCCAACGAAGAGGGCGACGAGGUAGAUGAAGAGGAGGAGGGGGCGAAUGAAGACGAUGCGCCGGAGCAGCCGAAGCGGGAGCAGCUGUCCACGCCGACCUCGGCGCUUCCUCAAUUGACGCUGCUGGGCCCCAGCAUGGCCCUAGGAGAGAGCGAUGAGGACGACGACGAUGAGGAGGAGGACGGCGAAGAGGAGGAGGAGGAAGGUGGCGAGAGGCCCACCAGGUUGACCAAUCAUACAUGUGCAGCGCACAACGAGGAGCCCGGCGAGGAGGAGGAGUCUUCCCGCAUUAUCGACGAUGAACAAGAGGACGAGGAGCCCACGCCCGUGGCCGAGAAAGACACCCCCAUCCCUCCCGGUAAUGGAGAUUUCACACAGACGGAGGAGCGGGAGGGGGAGGAAGAGGAGGCACUGAAAGGAUCGGAGUUGGAAGAGGAGACAAGGGAGAGAGUCAACGACGAGGAGAAAGAAAAUGAUCUUGAGGAGAAGGAAACAGAAGAAGAGAAGGAAGAUGAAGAAGAAGAGGAGGAAGCAGAGGAUGACGACGACACCACCACCACCGACCUCCUCAAAUACAACAGCUCCCCCGUCAAGAUGCACCCCAAUAAAACCAACGAGCCCAAAACCAACGGCCACGUCCUUCUGGCUUCAGAGGGGCCAGACGCCCACCUGCUCCCCACACCUGAGCCUCACCUUUGCCCCCUGGUGGAGUCUGAGCUCAGCUACACCGACAGGGAUCUCUCGCUCAGCUCUGGCUACGAGAUGUUCAACGGCGAGGCGGGCGAGCCGGGACUCACCAACGGCUCGGGCGAGCGCCCGAGGGGCACCGUGGCGCUCUUUCCAGAGUUGCCUCUGGAUCCGGAGCCUGGAAGUCCCGUAAGCGGGGGGACGGGCGACACUGGAGGGGGGAAGUCGCCCGACAGCCCCGCGGCAGACCGCAGCCGCACCGUAUCGUCAUCCAGCACGGGCGACACGCCUAAAGCGCGAGCCCGAGCUGCAGACCUCCUGAUCAACCCACUUGACCCCCACAACGCCGAAUCUAUCCGAGUGAAAAUAGCUGACCUUGGAAAUGCCUGCUGGGUGCACAAGCACUUUACGGAGGACAUCCAGACGAGACAGUACCGCUCCAUCGAAGUGCUGAUAGGAGCUGGUUACAGCACUCCUGCCGACAUUUGGAGCACCGCCUGCAUGGCCUUUGAGCUGGCCACGGGGGACUACCUGUUCGAGCCCCAUUCUGGCGAGGACUACUCGAGGGAUGAGGACCACAUAGCCCACAUCAUAGAACUUCUGGGCUGUAUCCCAAGGCACUUUGCGCUCUCCGGAAAAUAUUCCCGAGAGUUCUUCAACAGAAGAGACCACAUCGCUCUGAUCUCGGAGCUCCUCGGGAAGGUCCCACGCAAAGUGUACGCUGCCGGGAGGUACAGCCGAGAGUUUUUCUCCAAGAAAGGCGAGCUGCGGCACAUCACCAAGCUGAAGCCGUGGUCUCUGUUCGACGUGCUGGUGGAGAAGUAUGGCUGGGCUCACGAGGACGCCAGCCACUUCACCCAAUUCCUGCUGCCCAUGCUGGAGAUGGUGCCUGAGAAGAGGGCGUCUGCGGGCGAAUGCCUCAACCACGCGUGGCUUAACUCGUAGCCACGCACACGCACAAUCACCCCUACCCACCCCUCCCUCGCUCCUCUGCACCCCUAACACUCCCCCUGGUGAGACAACCGCAAGCUCCUCCAUGAUGUCCUUAACGGAAUGUAAAGACGAGCGUGUGGAUAAAAAAACUUUGUGGCCGUCUUCCGAGGUGACAGCUUGUUGAAAGGACCCGAUCGGGAUUAUCGAAGAUGCUGAGCAAAAUCGGAAAUAGACCUUAUAUUGGACAAUUACUGCCCAGAGCUCCUCCUGCCAUGACCUUUGAACCCUUCAAUCGUAUCGGGGACCUUCACUGGACGCUCUCGGCGGGGCCCCGUAUUGUUUCCUCAAGGAGGUGCACAGUCACGCGUGCUUCAGUGAGCGCCAUUGCAGAAAGCGCGAGGACAAAAUACAAACAAACAAAAAACAUGCAUGGUGAAUGGAUGCAACAAAUGGAGGUACGAUUUUCGCCGAUUAUUCCCAAGUUGGAUGAAAAGGAAGGCGAGUGUGUUCUCACCCGCAAUAGUCAGGUGUUGUCGUGACCCCCCCCCCCCCUCAAUUUUAAUGCUAACUCCCCCUUUACCCUUAAUGACAAAAUGGACAUUUGUGGCAGAGGUUGCACUUGUUGUCCUUCAGGAAUUUGAACACUUUGUACAUAAAAAAAUAAGACACGGGAAAACACAUGCACACACACACCGAACAUGGAAUGAGGCUGUGACACCCCCCCACCCCUUUCCUGCAACGCCACACACACCUGUCUCCCCCUUAAUCAUUUAUCACAACUAGUCCGGUUACCUAUUUUUUGCAAUUAAAAAAAACAAAAAGUAUAAGUCAAUGGCGAUAUUUUUCAAAAAAAAAAAAAAAUCUUAUUCAUUUAAAAAACAAAAACAAGGACAAAAAAUAAUUCCACUUCUCUCUGGUUGUUGUAACCGUGAACGAAUCUUAUUCUGAGGUGACUGUGUUUGUCUAUUAGAGAUUUUUUGCUGUUAAUUAAUAUAACUAUUAUUAUUAUUAGAUUUUUUUACACCUCUCCUCUCCCUCAUUAGCUGAUCAGUGCUGCUCUAUCUGGGCUCCUUAUGGUGGUUUAACACGCAAAAAAAAACAAAAAAAAGAUUACGUUUUUGCAAUAAAAGGGUAUGUAAUUUAUUUUUAUUGCACCAAAACCUCCUUAUUUCAUUGACUUUCUCUCAGCCAUGCUGACUGUUCUUCCUGAUGACAAAAGUGCGUCUGUUGUCUGUGUUUUUCAUUGACAGAUUUAAUAAAAUGCUAAAUGAUGGACUUCGA